AUGAGUCUCGGCUGCUCCUCAGGCUCCCGGAGCCUGGACAGCUCCCGGGGUGGCGAGUCACCUGAGGAAGCUGGUGAUCAUCCUUUGGAAGUCCCAGUUACUCGGGAGCAACUAAACCACUACAGGAAUGUGGUUGAAAAUGUUCGAAGUGAACUUGCAGCAACUUUGGUCAAAUUCGAGUGCACUCAGUCUGAGCUUCGAGACCUCCGUUCCAAGAUGCUUUCUAAAGAAGUUUACUGUCAGGAGCUGAAGGCUGAAAUGGAGAGCUACAAAGAAAAUAACGCCAGAAAGUCAUCUCUCCUCACCUCUUUGAGAGACAGAGUUCAGGAACUUGAGGAAGAAUCAGCAGCACUUUCCACUUCUAAAAUCAGAAUAGAAAUCACAGCUCACACCGCAAUAAGGGAGAACCAGGAAUUUGUGAAGAAAGUUCUAAAACUAGAGGAGAAGUUACUAAACUGUUCAAAGGAAAGUGAGGAGACUAAGAAACAAGUUUCAGAGAAUUGUAGGAGACACGAGGAAUUUCGAACUCAGCUUCAUGACUGCUUGGGUCUAGAAGAGAAGCAAGACGUGGCAUCAGAUGAAGAUUUAAUUUUAAAGCUCAGAGAGCUGUGCAAGGAAAACAUGUUCAUGAAAGGACAAAUCGUUACUCUUGAAGCGACUAUAAAUGUCCAUGAGAUGGAGGUAAAAGCUAACAGAGAAACGAUCAUGAGGCUGGCGUCAGAAGUCAACAGGGAGCAGAAAAGAGCUGCCUCCUGGGCUGAGGAGAGAGAGAAGCUGAACCAGGACUUGCUCAGUGCUGUGGAGGCAAAAGAAGCUCUAGAAAGGGAAGUUAAGAUCUUUCAAGAAAGGCUGCUUGCUGGACAGCGGGUCUGGGAUGCAGCCAAGCAGGAGCUGAACCAACUGAAGAAAAGCUCGCAGGAGCUGGAGAUGAGCUUGAAGGUCAGCCGGGAUGCAGCCACAGCCUGCCACCGCCAGAACUCCUCCUUUAGGGAGAAAAUUGCAGUGCUCCUUCACAGCAGAUUGGGUAUAGCUGGGUCCACGGAGGAUGCCAUAUUGGAGAGGAUUCGAGAGCUGGGCAACCAGGAAGAGAGCAGGAAAAGGAUGGUCACCCAGCUUGAAGCCCAAAUAUCUGAGCUUGUGGAACAGUUGGGAAAUGAGUCUGAAUUUCACCAGAAAGCUCUGCAGAGAGCUCAUGAGGCAGAAAAAAAGUUGGAAACUCUACAGGAUCAGCUGAAUCACCUGGAGGGAGAGCUGGUUUCUGGAGAUGUUUUGCGAGACAACUUGAAUUUUGAGAAACAAAAAUAUCUGAAGUUUCUGGAUCAGCUUUCAGAGAAAAUGAAAUUGGGCCAGAUGGCUGCUGAACUUGGCUUUGAUAUGCGUCUGGAUGUAGUUUUAGCUCGCACAGAGCAGCUGGUCCGCCUUGAGAGCAACACCGUCAUUGAAAACAAGACCAUUGCCCACAAUUUACAGAGAAAGCUAAAGACUCAGAAAGAACGACUGGAAAGCAAAGAACUACAUACGAACCUCCUCCGACAGAAAAUCGCCCAGCUUCAGGCAGAGAAGCAGAUGUGCACUGCCCUGGAGGUGGAGCACGGCGAGGCCCAGCUCACCAUCAGGAAGUUGGAGAAGAAGGUGGAAAGGAUGCAGAAGGAGCUGAGUGUGUGUCGAGAAUGUAACACUGAGCUCAAAGCCAAACUGGCCGACACCAAUGAGCUUAAGAUUAAAACUUUGGAACAGAGCAAAGCCAUUGAAGACUUAAAUAAAUCCAGAGACAAGUUGGAGAAGAUGAAGGAGGAAGCAGAGAAGAAGCUUCUGUUGGUCACGUCAGAACUGGAUACUACAGAGCACGAGGCGAAAGAGGGCAAGGAACGGGCCAGGAGCAUGUUGGCGGUGGUAACCAGUGAGAUGAAGACCCUGAAGAAGUCUCUGGAUGAAGCAGAAAAGAGGGAAAAGCAGCUGGUGGACUUCAGGAAGGUGGUUUCCCAGAUGCUGGGCUUGAACGUGACCUCUCUUGCUCUUCCUGACUACGAGAUCAUCAAAGGUCUGGAAAGACUAAUCCAUUCACACCACCAUCACUUUAUCACCUGUGCAUGCCUCAAAGAUAGGACUACUGGGCAAGACAGGUGCCUACAAGGCCACUUAAAACCUCUACCUUGA